CCGCGAGCACGCCUUAUCUUUACCGAAGAUACAAUGUUACUUUUAAAUCAAGCCAUACUUCGCAAUCGAAUUAGAUGUAGCAAUGCGAUCGAAUGCUAAUAUAACUAAUAACGUUCCACAUCAAGCACAUUUCCUGUGAAGCGUAUCAUUAACACCAGGAACGAGUUGUAUUCACAGGGGCGUCAGGAAUGUUUCUUUCGAUUGUCAAGAGUACAAAAACAAAACGGAAGCGAAUUUGCAGCUGACGGAGGCUUGCCAAGCGGCAUUACCCAGAGUGCACUUCUGCACCACAGCCCAGCAGGGACGGGUGCUGCAUGGCACUGUGCCAGACCCAGACACCGCUGCUGGCUCCGCCCAUCUCCUCUGUCAGGCUCCGCCCACACGCACGGUCACCAGGAAACCAGCCCUCAGCACAGGAAAACCACACUGGCGGCCAGGGAGGGAGGUCAAAGCCCGGGGCUUAUAUAUUCAUCUUCUGAAUGUGAAAGUCAGCCCUCUGGUGUAAGGUGCGUGUCAAAAUAACUGAGCACAUUCAAAAACCAAGCCCCCCCCCCUCCCCGAAACUAGGCCUUAGAUCGUGCGCGCAUAGGUGUGCUCAGGUGGUCUGUGGGCGGAGCUGUGGUCAGGGGGUCUGUGGGCGGAGCCACAGUCAGGUGGUCUGUGGGCGGAGCCGUGGCCAGAGAUGAAGCUGAGGGCUGUCAUGGAGAACCUGCACAGGCAGCAGAGAGCCAAACUGCAGAUGGAACUGGAGCAGCAGCAGGCCGGCCAAUCGCAGCAGCCAGACGGCUCCCUCCCGGCCAAUGCCGGGGAGCAGCCGAGGGGAAGCCCCGCCCCCGAGCGCGCUCAGAUGGAGGCCCUGGCAGCCAUGAGGGCGGUGGCCACCGGGCUACAGAGGAACUGCGACCUUCCCUCGUCCAAUCACAGCAGCGCGGAGGAGGGGGAGCAGGAGGAGGAGGAGGAGGAGGAAGAGGAGGAAGAAGAGGAUUACAAGGGCAUGAUGGGCUCAGAUGAAGAACUCAGGAAGCAGAAAUGGGACGAGGGGGGGUUGGAGGAGGACUUUGAAGACGAGCUGGGGGAGGAGGGGUCUCCCACGGGCCGGGGGGCGCUGACCCCGGGGCGGGGGAUCCUGCUGCUGCCACACCGCCACCUGCUCCCCCAAUCUCAAGCCCUGAGGGCGGGGCUGGGCGGAGAGCCCCGCCCCCACACCUCAGCCACGCCCCCUCUGGGACCUCACAGCCAGGCGGGCACCCAGGACCAUGGAGACUGGACCUACGAGGAGCAGUUCAGACAGUUGUAUGAACUGGACAGCAACCCGCAGCGGAAGGAGUUCCUGGACGACCUGUUCGGCUUUAUGCAGCGAAGAGGGUCCCCUGUGAACAGGAUCCCCAUCAUGGCCAAGCAGGUGCUGGACCUGUUCAUGCUGUACCAGCUGGUGACGGAGAAGGGGGGUCUGGUGGAGGUCAUCAACAAGAAGCUGUGGCGGGAGAUCACCAAGGGCCUGAGCCUGCCCACCUCCAUCACCAGCGCCGCGUUCACGCUCCGGACCCAAUACAUGAAGUACCUGUACCCCUACGAAUGUGACAAGAGGGGCCUCAGCAACCCCGGAGAGCUGCAGGCCGCCAUCGACAGCAACCGGCGGGAAGGGCGUCGCCAGAGCUUCGGCUCCGCCCUCUUCACCUACUCGCCCAAUGGCACGCCCACCAUGCUGUCGUCCCCUAAGCUCUCCGCCCCCAGUCUGGGAGUGGCUUUGGGCACCAAUGGGGCCACCCUCGCCCCAAUGCAGCGUAUCAAGAAAGAGGACGCCGGGGGCAUGGCGGUGCCGGGGGCGAGCCGGCUGCCCUUGGCGCUGGCAGGGUCAUCGGCGGCGGCGGUGCAGGCGGCCAUGGCGGCUCAGAUGGCGGCUCUGGAGCAGCUGAGGGAGAGGCUGGAGUCGGGCGAGCCGGCGGAGAAGAAGAUGGCUCUGCCGAGCGAGGAGCACCAGCGCCUCCUUCAGGCCGAGGAGCACCAGCGCCUCCUACAGGCUGAGGAGCACCAGCGCCUCCUGCAGAGGGCGCUGCAGCACAACCUGCUCGCCAUGACCGCCGCGCACAUGCCCAUGAGCGUCCGCGUCAGCACACAGGCAGAGGGCGGACGGGACUCCGCCUUAAACCUCACCACCAACGGCACCGGCAGCAUCAGCAUGUCGCUGGAGCUCAAUGGGGUGGUCUACACCGGUGUGCUUUUCGCCCAGGUGGUGGGGCCCGUCCCGUGCCAGCCUACCGGAUCGUCCGGCUCUGGUGAGAGCGAGGCGCCCAGCGGGCACCCCGAAUCCCGGCCCGCCGCCCACACACCUACCUCAUCCUGCUCCGGCGACUCGUCGCCACAGCAACCUCACAGCCAACCACAGCCAGGAACCUAGCCCGGCCUCCAAACUCGGGCCAAUCAGAGAGCGGAAACCGCAGGCCGCCUGGAUACUCCCGCUCAGGCCUCUUUUCCCCUCCUGUUUUUCUCCACUUCUUUUUCCUCCUGUUUUUCUCUACUUUUUAGCAGCCAGGUUGAUUUGAGAUAUCAGAGGCAGUUUAUAAUUUUCAAAGCCUGUGAGAAAUUUUAUUUAUUUCCUGCACAAAAGGGCGGAUUCACAUGAGAACAAAAAGAAAAAAAAAAAGAAGAGGCUGUUUAUUUUAAAUGCACUGUUUACACACACCUGCUGUCACACAAUGCAGCCUCUCCCAACAGAGGAAAAAAAGAGUUUAAUUUUUUAUUCAUUUUGUUUCGUACAGAUAUUAUUACCCGUUGGUAAAAAAA